AACCUUCAAAAGGUGGAAGAUAUGUUUUAGCCGAGUCGGGAGAGUCUACUUAAACCCUAGCCGCAUCACUUCGUUUUGUCCUUCUUCUAGUCUAAAACCCCAGAUCCUUCUACCUUCGACGGAGUCAGGGAGACUCUGCUUAAACCCUAGUCGCAGCUUUUUAUUUCUCCUUCUAUUCUAGAAUCCCAAAUCCAUCUGCCUUCUUCCAUUCUGCAGUCCGAGUUUCAUAGACCAGUUUAAAACUAGUCAGGUUAGUCAAGAUGGCGAUGUCUAGUAGAUUUGGGUCUCUUCUCAGGCAGAGCAUGUCACGAACUGUCCCAUCAAUUGGGCAGCUUCCAGUGACAUCUAUGAUGAGUGCUGUUCGUUUUGCUUCCACAAAGCUCUUCAUUGGAGGUCUUUCUUAUGGGACUGAUGACCAGUCUCUCAAAGAUGCAUUUUCCAGCUUUGGUGAUGUGACUGAAGCAAGAGUUAUUACGGACAGAGACACUGGGAGGUCAAGGGGAUUUGGAUUUGUCAACUUUACUGAUGGUGAAUCUGCCAACUCGGCGCUGUCCAUGGAUGGCCAGGAACUAAACGGACGGAACAUUCGUGUGAAUUUUGCUAACGAUAGACCCAGUGCACCGCGUGGCGGCGGUUUUGGCGGUGGCUUUGGUGGUGGUUAUGGUGCUGGUGGAGGUGGAGAUGGGUAUUAAGAGUUUGUCAGGCUGGGUACCAUUUUGGUCAUUUGAUUAGGUUUGGGUUUUUAUUUUGGACGGCUGUUUAUGCUUCGUUUUUUCAAUUGGUUGAACUGUGUAGCGUUUGGAUUAUACCAAGUCUAUAAUUGCAAGCUUUGACUCGGUUGUGUCAAA